AAACAAACGUACAAAGGAAUAACACAGCACAGCACAAGAGAAACGCAACGCGAUUUUUAAAUUCGUUCCAAAAAUCCAUACAUAUAUAUUCCAAUAAGAAACGCUGUGACCGGAAAAGAAAUAAAUAGCUUAAACUUAAAAUUAAAUUAAAUCCAAGCCAAAAAGACAACAAAGACUAUAUUACUCGAUUAGAGAUAGCAACCAAGUGACAACUAACUAAAUAAGUGAAUUUUUUUUAAUAGUUUUAAUUAGAAAAUUUUUUUUUGAGACAUCUUCAAGAUGAGGUUAUGCAUAUUACUGGCUGUCGUGGCCUUUGUAGGCCUCUCGCUGGGCGAGGAGAAGAAGGAGAAGGACAAGGAGCUGGGCACAGUGAUUGGCAUCGAUCUGGGCACCACAUACUCCUGCGUUGGCGUUUACAAGAACGGACGCGUUGAGAUCAUUGCCAACGAUCAGGGCAACCGUAUCACACCUUCCUACGUGGCCUUCACCGCUGACGGUGAGCGUCUCAUUGGAGAUGCCGCCAAGAAUCAGCUUACCACCAAUCCCGAGAACACAGUCUUCGAUGCCAAGCGUCUGAUUGGCCGCGAAUGGUCCGACACGAAUGUGCAGCACGACAUCAAGUUCUUCCCCUUCAAGGUUAUCGAGAAGAACUCGAAGCCCCAUAUCAGCGUGGACACGUCCCAGGGCGCCAAGGUCUUUGCUCCUGAGGAGAUCUCCGCUAUGGUUCUUGGCAAGAUGAAGGAGACCGCUGAGGCCUAUCUGGGCAAGAAGGUUACCCAUGCUGUCGUUACUGUGCCAGCCUACUUCAACGAUGCCCAGCGUCAGGCGACCAAGGAUGCCGGUGUCAUUGCUGGUCUCCAUGUGAUGCGCAUCAUCAACGAACCCACUGCUGCGGCUAUUGCCUACGGUCUGGACAAGAAGGAGGGCGAGAAGAAUGUGCUAGUGUUCGAUCUUGGCGGCGGUACCUUCGAUGUCUCCCUGCUGACCAUCGAUAACGGUGUGUUCGAGGUGGUGGCCACCAACGGUGAUACCCAUUUGGGUGGUGAGGACUUCGAUCAGCGUGUGAUGGAUCACUUCAUUAAGCUGUACAAGAAGAAGAAGGGCAAGGAUAUCCGCAAGGACAACCGUGCUGUCCAGAAGCUGCGUCGCGAGGUUGAGAAGGCUAAGCGUGCUCUGUCCGGUUCCCAUCAGGUGCGCAUCGAAAUCGAGUCGUUCUUCGAGGGUGAUGACUUCUCCGAGACCCUGACCCGUGCCAAGUUCGAGGAGCUGAACCUCGAUCUCUUCCGUUCGACCCUGAAGCCAGUGCAGAAGGUGCUUGAGGAUGCUGACAUGAACAAGAAGGAUGUGCACGAGAUUGUGCUGGUUGGUGGCUCUACCCGUAUCCCCAAGGUGCAGCAGCUGGUCAAGGACUUCUUUGGCGGCAAGGAACCCUCCCGAGGCAUCAAUCCCGAUGAGGCUGUCGCUUACGGUGCUGCCGUCCAGGCUGGCGUACUCUCUGGCGAACAAGACACCGACGCUAUUGUUCUCCUCGACGUUAACCCACUGACCAUGGGCAUUGAGACCGUCGGCGGUGUGAUGACCAAGCUGAUUCCCCGUAACACUGUCAUUCCUACAAAGAAGUCGCAGGUGUUCUCCACCGCUUCCGAUAACCAGCACACCGUGACGAUUCAGGUGUACGAGGGCGAACGUCCCAUGACCAAGGACAACCAUCUGCUGGGCAAAUUCGAUCUGACUGGCAUCCCACCAGCACCCCGCGGCAUUCCCCAGAUCGAGGUAUCGUUCGAGAUCGACGCCAACGGCAUCCUGCAGGUCAGUGCCGAGGACAAGGGCACCGGCAACAAGGAGAAGAUUGUGAUUACCAACGACCAGAACCGUCUGACGCCCGAGGACAUUGAUCGCAUGAUCCGUGAUGCCGAGAAGUUCGCCGAUGAGGACAAGAAGCUGAAGGAGCGCGUUGAGUCGCGCAACGAGCUGGAGUCGUACGCCUACAGCCUGAAGAACCAAAUUGGCGACAAGGACAAGCUGGGAGCCAAGCUCAGCGACGACGAGAAGACCAAGCUGGAGUCUGCCAUCGAUGAGUCGAUCAAGUGGCUGGAGCAGAAUCCCGAUGCCGAUCCCGAGGAGUACAAGAAGCAGAAGAAGGACCUCGAAGCGAUCGUCCAGCCGGUGAUUGCUAAGCUCUACCAAGGCACCGGCGGUGCUCCGCCACCAGAGGGCGGUGCCUCUGAGGACGAUCUCAAGGACGAGCUGUAAGAAGAAGCCCAUCUCUCUGCCCCCACAGAAUCCAUUGAAGAGAUCCAGAUAGUGUUGGAAUUAAUUCAGACUGAUUAAACAAUUAUAAACUUAAUUGCAACAGCAGCCACAACAGAAACAACAACAAAAAGCAGCAACAAUAACAACCUAGCAGCAAAAAAGGAUAAUACUAUACACAAACACAGAGACACACAUCCUCAACAAAAAGAAAGAAACAAACAAAACAAAAUCCUUUUUUUACGAAAUUUUUUUUUCUACGAUUUAAUUGAAAAUUCUUUUCCUUUUCUCUCUGUGCAAAUCACUCGCAUUCCGCCCCCCACAUCCCACUCCCGUUAGCUGCCUAAUUAUGUAAAACUGUAAAUUUUUUAUAUACAUAAACACACACACACAUG